UUCUUCUACGUAUGUGAUUUAUUCCAGGUUUAGAUGUCUUAAUGGAUACGUGGAAUUUUUUCUACACUUGCCUGGUGUCCUUAUGGCUGCACAGAAUUUACAUCUAUUCCGUUAUGGCUUUUGGGAUCAGCCUCUGGAUUGCCAUUCAGUUCUUCUCUACCAAAGCCAAGAGGAAGGAUGAAAAUUCGAAUGGGAAUCUAGUGUCUUCUGAGGCAGUGGAAGGCAAACUAGUCAAUGGAUAUGCUACUCUGCAGCCAAAGGAGGUCUAUGUUGCUGGAGUGAAGAUUUUCUAUGGGUCUCAGACUGGCACAGCAAAGAGAUUUGCGCAGGAUUUGGCUGAAGCUGUUACUUGCCUUAAUUUGCCUGUGGAAGUCAUUAACAUGGGAAAUUAUGAUCCUGAUGAUUGUCUAGCAGAGGAGACAAUCAGCAGGAACAUCUGUGUGUUCCUGGUAGCUACGUACACGGAUGGGCAACCAACUGAAAGUGCAGCCUGGUUCUGCAAGUGGUUGGAAGAGACUGCAAAUGACUUCCGCUUUGGCAAAACGUAUCUGAAGGGCCUGAGAUACGCUGUGUUUGGCUUGGGAAACUCAGUUUACGUUGAUCAUUACAACACGGUUGGAAGAAAUAUUGACAGGUGGCUGUGGAUGCUCAGUGCCAGGCGUAUCAUGACUCGUGUCGAGGGGGACUGCAAUGUGGUCCAGAGCAAGCAUGGCAGCAUUGAGGCUGACUUUGAAGCCUGGAAAUCCAAGUUCCUCAGUUGUCUCCAGGCCCUCUGCAGAGGGGAAAAGAAGCCCUGCAGUGGGAAGUGCAAGAAAGGGAAGUGCAAAUCCCAAGGGAAGCAGAGUAAGGAGAGUUCAAAUCAUGAACGUGGAGCACCGGAGUUUGAGAACACUGAGGCUGAAGAAUUGUUUGAAACCACCAGUGAGGAGGAAGCUGAUGCUGAGGAAGCUGGAGGCACAGAUUCUGUUGUAGAUGUUGAAGAUCUCGGCAAAAUCAUGAGUCACAUGAAGAAAGCCAAGAGAGAACGUGAGCUGGAGGAUGGAGAUGCUGGAAUGAGCUUGCUUGGAGAGACCUCUGGGAGGAAGGAGACGGGUGAAAGGAGAGAAAUGAUAACUGCAGCCCUGAGGGAUGCGCUCACAAAGCAAGGUGAGGUUCUGUGAGCCUGAGUCUGGACC